UAUAUAUUUAUUUUAUUUGUAUGAAGGUAUUUUUUUUAUUCAUUUAAAUAUAUUCUAUUAGUAAGAGUUCCUCACUCCAGCUCAGUGGGUGGCGGUAAUGCACCUAAACGCUGCUUUGCCAAGAAACAAAAGAAGAAGAAGAAGAAGAAGAAGCAGCAGCUUUCACAGCUGUAGGGUCGAGUCUUCUGAGGAGAGUGACUCAGCAUCAGUGUGGAAAGGUCUGAAAGAGAUCACCAAUUACAAGACACCAUCCCCCAGCACUGUGGAGAAUAAACAACUGGCAGACGAUCUGAAUGAGUUCUACUGCAGGUUUGAAAAAACACCCCACACCCCUGAACACCUCUCCACACAACCAUUAACACCUCCAGCAACCCCCCUCUCCCCCACACCUGCACUUCAGAUCAGUGAAGACGAUGUGCUCCAGGUCUUCUGGAAGCAGAAAAGGAAAAAAGCACCAGGCCCAGAUUGUGUUACACCAGUCUGUCUGAAAUCAUGUGCUGACCAGCUGGCCCCCAUCUUCACACAGAUCUUCAACAGAUCACUGGAGCUGUGCGAAGUCCCCUCAUGCUUUAAACGCUCCACCAUCAUUCCCAUCCCAAAGAAACCCAAAAUUACAGGACUAAAUGACUACAGGCCUGUGGCUCCAACGUCUGUGGUCAUGAAGUAUUUUGAAAAACUUGUGCUGGCUCACCUGAAGGACAUUACUGGACCCUUACUGGAUCCUCUUCACUUUGCCUACAGAGCAAACAUGGGACUGCAUUAUGUUCUGCAACACCUAGACAGACCAGGGACUUAUAUAGAAAUUCAUCUUCAGUGAAGCUCCUCCCACAAACCCUGCAGAAUGAAACGCACUGAAGAUACUGAAGAACAAACAGAGUUUAUUGAAGAAAAUCAGAAUGAAGAUUUGAGUGAAGUUGAGGAGAAAAAUCAUGUAAAACGUUUGAGUUAUUCUCAAACCAAACAGAAAAAUUUAAAGAAAAAGAAAAAAACAGCCAAGAAAUCUUUCAGGUGCACUCAGUGUGGAAAGAGUUUGACAUGCAAAUAUAAUCUUGAUGUUCACAUGAGAGUUCAUACUGGAGAGAAACCUUACAAGUGUUCACACUGCGACAAGAGAUUCAGUCACUCAGGACAUCUGAAAACACAUGAGAGGAUCCACACUGGAGAGAAACUGUACAAGUGUUCACACUGUGACAAGAGAUUCAGUCGGUCAGGAAUCCUGAAAACACACGAGCGGAUCCACACUGGGGAGAAACCGUAUAAGUGUUCACACUGUGACAAGAGAUUCAAACAGUCAGCAGCCCAGAAAACACAUGAGAGGAUUCACACUGGAGAGAAACCGUACACAUGUGAUCAGUGUGGGCAGAGUUUCACACUAAAAGGAAACCUUACAGAGCAUAUGAGAGUUCAUACUGGAGAGAAACCAUUCACUUGUGAUCAGUGCGGGAAGAGUUUCACACACUCAGCACACCUUAAGGAUCACAUGAACAUCCACACUGAAGAGAAGCUGUACACAUGUGAUCAAUGCGGAAAAUUUUUGAGAGCUUCAAUCCUGAAGCAGCACCUGAAAGUUCAUACAAAGGAAAAGCCACAUUCAUGUUAUUUGUGUGGAAAAAGUUUUUCACAUCUACAAAGUUUGAAAAUACAUCAAAAAAUACACACUGGUGUGAGAGAGUACAUGUGCUUUGAGUGUGAGAAGACUUUUACUACAGUGAGCCGUUUAAAACUGCAUGAGAGGAUUCACACUGGAGAGAAACCUUACAAGUGUUCACACUGUGACAAGAGAUUCAUUCAGUCGGCACAUCUGAAAGCACAUGAGAGGAUCCACACUGGAGAGAAACCUUAUAAGUGUAUACGCUGUGACAAGAGAUUCAGUCGGUCAGCACAUCUGAAAUCACAUGAGAGGGUUCACACUGGAGAGAAACCUUAUCACUGCACUGCAUGUGGGAAGUGUUUCAAUCAUUCAUAUUCUCUACACACACACAUAAAAAACAAUCACAGUAAGUAGAUCAUCUUCAGAUCCAGCACUUUCAGGUCAGAAUCGCGUCAUCACCAAAUGUGAGACAAUAAUGCACCAAGCAAUAAAAUAUAAUCUGGAUAAAUCUGUCAUAACAAGUGACAUGACAAAGAAACAUUAUCUAAAGUUUUUACAGUGAAUAAAGUUCAUCUUUAAAACCAGCAGAUUCAACUGUGAGAUUCAGAUCAACUCAAAGAUGGAGUUUGUCCCCAAAUGUUUAAUUUUUGUAUGUCAUUUUGCUUCAUGAUAUACAGGUGCAUGCAUCUCAAUAAAUUAGAAUGUCGUAAAAAAGUUAGUUAUUUCAAAAAGUGAAACUUUCAUAUAUUUUAGAUUCAUUGCAUGUAAAGUAAAACAUUUCAAAAGUUUUUUUUUGAAUUUUGAUGAUUAGAGCUUACAGCUCAUGAAAGUCAAAAAUCAGUAUCUCAAAAUAUUAGAAUAUUUACAUUUGAGUUUCAAUUAAUGACCAUCCCUACAGUAUAAAUUCCGGGUAUCUCUUGUUCUUUGAAACCACAAUAAUGGAGAAGACUGAUGACUUGGCAAUGAUCCAGAAGACGAACAUUGACGCCCUCCACAAAGAGGGUAAGUCACAGAGGGUCAUUACUGAAAGGUGUGGCUGUUUACAGAGUGCUGUAUCAAAGCAUAUUAAAUGCAAAGUUAACUGGAAGGAAGAAUUUGGGUAGGAAAAGGUGUACAAGCAACAGUGAUGACCACAAGCUUGAGAAUACAGUCAAGCAAAGCUGAUUCAAACACUUGGGAGAGCUUCACAAGGAGUGGACUGAAGCUGGAGUCAGUGCAUCAAGAGUCACCACGCUCAGACGUCUUCAGGAAAAGGGCUACCAAGCCACUUCUGAACCAGAGACAACGUCAGAAGUGUCUUACCUGGGCUGUGGAGAAAAAGAACUGGACUGUUGCUCAGUGGUCCAAAGUAGUGUUGUCACGGUACCAAAAUUUCAGUAUUCGGUACCGAUACCAGUCAAAAUCCACGGUUCUCGGUACCAAUUUCGGUACCACAUGCUAAUUUUAAAAAACACACUAUUUUUAAUAAAGUCAAACAAAAAUAAAAAUGUACAAAAAUCAAUGCCAUUCUUUAUACUUUAUUUAAAUUGUGUUUCAAGUUUUUCCGCAAGUAAUAAAAGUAUGAAAAACAGUAAACAAGUUUCACCCAAAUUUAAUUUGUCUUUUAAUUAAUUAAAUUUAAACACAUUGUAUUGUUUUGGUAAA